AUGUGGACACAAACCGAAGAAAUAUUAUCAGAGAUGCCCAAGAAAGACGACAUUUUUGUAGUAAGGAAAGCAAAAGCGGUAUACAGAAUGUGCUUAUACGCCGAUACUAUAUAUGCGGAAGAAUUGAAUCAAUUCAAACAAAUGUUGGAUUCAGUUGGCGGUUGGCCAAUAACAAUGGAAAAGUCAAAAUGGAAUCUGAACAGUCACAAGUGGAUCGAUAUUGAUAAUUAUUUUUCGCGAUUUAUUGGAAGUUCGUUUCUUUACACCUUAGGCAGAGGCCAGAGUUAUACUACGCUGACAAUUCAGCCACCUCCAUUAGGAUUGCCAUUAGAUAUGCUCAACGAUAGAAUGAAUUACAGAAGUCAAAUAGAUGAGUACAGAACGUUCAUAAAGGAUGUGGUCAAGGAAUUUGUACGUUUCAGCGGAUCCAAUGUUUCUGACAGUGAUAUCCUUAAUGAUAUUAAUGAUAUGGUAUUAUUCGAAUUAAAGCUUGCCCAGAUUCAGAGGGAUUCUACUUCUUCAGACAAGUCCGGACAGAGUAAAUCGUUAAACAUUUCCGAAUUCCAGAUAUUUUAUGACAAUGCGUGGCCAAGCAGUGACAGAUCAAAGAUUAACUGGCUUGAGGUCAUUCGAAAUUUAUUCUUGGGUACGGACAUCAAAAUCACAGACUCGUGGCCGAUAAAAGUCAUUGGUGAAAAUUACUUCCGCUACCUCGCUAAUCUACUCGAUUACACACCAAUUCGUACGAUCGUAAAUAGUGCACACUGGCGAUUUGUGAGACACGCAAUGAAAUACUCGACAAAACGGUUGAGAGAUCUUCGGAACAAUUUUGAUACAAACACUAUCGGACAAGUGGUACCCACAAGGAAACGGCAGUGUCUGUAUGAAAAUCCCUACGACCACGGAAUUAUUCACCAGUAUUUAAAGAAAUCUGCCAUGAAUAAAGCCAAGAUAGACAUCAGGAGAAUGCUUCGUGAAAUCAAGGCACAAAUCGAAAUGCGUAUUUUGCACUCUACCAUGACAAAUUGGGAAACAAAACAGAAUGCAGUUGAACGAUUAAGGACCAUGAAAGACUUGAUCGGAUUUCCAAAUUGGUACAAGAACGAAACGGCUCUCAAUAACCGGUAUAAAAAGUACACUGUACGUAACUCCUAUUUCAAAAACAUGAUAACAAGUGAAAGGGAAAAGCAGUUGGAGAAAUUGCAAACCCUAGAUCCAGUAAAACGAACAAAAUUGGAUCAAGCACCGCCAGAAUGGUUCGCAAGUCCUUUCACGGCCAAUGCAUAUUACCAAGGAGGGCUUAACGCAAUACUCAUCCCAGCUGCCAUAUUACAAUCACCAUUUUAUGUCUUUGGAGGCCCCGAUGCCAUCAAUUUUGGAGGAGUAGGUGCUCUUGUUGGCCACGAAAUAUCACACGCUUUUCCAGGAGGAAUUCCAUCAUUUAAAGAACACAGCACCAGAGGACGUUGCUUUUCCCAGCAGUACAAUGAGUUUCGUUUGAAAAAGUUACAGAAAUUGAAUAUACCACCUCCGGAAAAUAAACUGUCUACGUCGAUGGAAGACGUAGCAGAUACAGCUGGAGUGCAAGCAGCUUUUGAUGCUUUUGAAUUGAGAUCAAAAUGGGUGGAACAACCGAGACUUCCUGGUCUUGAGAAUUUCACAAAUGAACAACUUUUCUUUGUGGCGAAUGCAAAUAUUUGGUGCCAGUACGCAGAUCCACAGAUUGUCGAACAACGUUUAACAGGAAAGUGGAUGGACAGCCACAGUGACCAUUCCUUCAGAGUAAUAGGCUCACUUUCGAACAAUCCUGAUUUCAGUAAAGCUUUCCACUGUCCUGCUGGAAGUCCUAUGAACCCCAGGAAAAAGU